UCCCGAAAGCUACCGAAGCGAUUUAGUGACGUCAUGCUGAAGCAGAAGAGAUAAGAAAGUCAAAAAAGUGAAGUUCUGUUUUCUAAUAUAUUCGCAACUCUUGUAGGUACCUUUGUUCUCUACGUGAUUUUGAAAAUGUCGUACGCAUACCUGUUUAAGUACAUCAUCAUUGGGGAUACAGGGGUUGGGAAAUCUUGUCUUCUUCUCCAAUUUACGGAUAAAAGAUUCCAGCCUGUUCAUGAUUUAACUAUAGGGGUAGAGUUUGGUGCUCGUAUGAUUACAAUUGAUGGAAAACAAAUCAAGCUUCAAAUUUGGGAUACUGCAGGUCAAGAGGCAUUCCGUUCUAUAACAAGAUCAUAUUAUCGUGGAGCAGCAGGAGCUCUAUUAGUAUAUGAUAUCACACGUAGGGAAACGUUCAAUCAUUUGACAACUUGGUUAGAAGAUGCGAGACAGCAUUCAAAUUCUAAUAUGGUGAUCAUGUUAAUUGGUAAUAAAAGUGAUUUGGAUAAUAGAAGGGAAGUGAAAAGAGAAGAAGGUGAAACUUUUGCGAGGGAACAUGGGCUAGUUUUUAUGGAAACCAGUGCAAAAACAGCAGCCAAUGUAGAGGAAGCAUUUAUCAAUACAGCAAAAGUAAUUUAUGAAAAAAUUCAAGAAGGUGUAUUUGAUAUAAACAAUGAGGCAAAUGGUAUCAAGAUUGGACCACAACAUUCACCUACAAGUCCUGGUGGUUUAGCAGGUACUGGUGGUCAAGGAAACACGCAAGGUGGUGGGUGCUGCUAGGGGCUGGGGGUUGCCUGUCCACCGCUUCAUCCUUCUCCAAUUUAAAUUAAUCUUUCUACUCCUGCUCUUCAUUUUAUUCUGAAUCAGUUACUUUGUAUAUUUUCUGCGCAUGCCGCAUUGCAAGGUAACAAGUGAUUAUUGGUGUAUUUAUUAUUUAAAAAAGACAUAUACACGUACUGAAUAGGAAUAUUAUAAGGUAAAAUGUUAUAUAUUGCUUAAAUCAUGAAAUCUAAUAAAGUUUUAAUUUACAGAUUGUCAGUGAUGUAAUUUUAUUAUUUUUAAAUAAUGUUUGUUGUAUCUUUUGUAUAUUUAAUUCUUCUGCAACUUAAUAACAUUAGCUGAUUUUAUUAGAUCCAUAAAAAUAGUUCAGUCUUUUAAUAUAUACAUACAUAUAUAUAUAUAUAAUCAAUUUUAUUUUUACAUAUGUAGUAAAAGGAAAUAGAAGUUACGUUAUUAACUCAGCACUACAUUUAACUUCCAUUAAUUUAUAUUUAAAAUCAUUGAAUUUCUAUUUCAAUACAUUAAAAGUAAGAAUGAAAAAUUAAUUACAUAUUGGAUACUGAUCAAGCGGUAAAGGAUAGGCAGUUGUAUUCGAUGUUUUGUAUUUGUUCACAUUGUAUAUUGUAUGUAUUGUGCACUGAUCUUUCAAAUUUGAUUUAAUUUAAUACUAAAUCAUAGUUACUAACAUAUGAAUCAAAGUCAUUUGUCAAAGAUAUGAUUUACUCUUGACUACCCAAGGCGACACCAUGUAUAUGAAUGUAUCAAUGUAUGAAAUUAUGAAUAUAUAAUACAUAUAAAUCAAUUUUAUCCUAAGGCCUAUUUAACCAAAUAAUCGUAAUUACUUAAUUGUGUGGUUGGUAUUGUUAUAUCUGGUAUCCUACAUUACAAAGAUGUCUUUAUCAAGAUAUUUAUCAAAAUGAAUUUUUAUCAUUUUUGUUUUAAAAAGGGAAAGAAAAUUUAUUAAAUUUUAUAUUCGUAGCCAAUAGUGGUAAUACCAAUCAAAAAUAUAGAAAAUAUUAAUACUACCUGUAUUAUGUAAACUUCAAUUUAAACAAAACUCAUCCACAUGUAUAUUUUUUAGUUUUAUAAUAAGUUUAAUAUUUUUCAAUUUGUUUAGUAUAAAAGGAUCUGAUUAAACGUAAAAAGUAUGCUAUCAAAGUAGUGUAUUUCGGCAUAUUUAUGGAAGUGAUAGUUGACGAACAAUUAUAUAUCAACCUAAAUGAUAUUUUAUAAAGGGAAAUAAAAGAUCAAAUUUGUUUAGUUAAUAUAAAUUAAUUUUGUACUUAUCGCAAUUACAACAUAGCGAAGAUUAAGAUGCAUAUUAAUACAAUGUCAAGUGGAUGUAAAAAUUAAAACAUUUCAACUAUUUGUUCCCGAAUAAAUGCGAAGUAGGGCAGAUAUACGAUACACGUUAAUUUUUACAUUCAAAUGACACUGCACUUAGCGUGCUGUUUUAUUGUAACAAUAGGUAUAAUUUGGUUUGCAAAGAAAUGCGAUAAAUUACAAUUUAUUAAUUGUUACUGUCAAGCUUUAAAAAUGUGUGGUUUACUUUCUAUCUGUACAUAAAUAUGAUAUACCUUUUUAAUUGAAAUAUAUACGUGCACAUGA